AUGAAAUAAAACAACAGACAAGUGGCCCGCACCCCCUCUUGCUAUUUUUACUAAUAAUAUUAAUAAAACAGUGGAAUAAAUAUGGACGGCAAGUUUAUGAACAGUCUUGAAGAUUUAGAGCAGCUAUUCAAUUCACGCAUGGCUGAAUAUGAAGAGAAGCUGACCAAGGCUUCAACAGGAUCUGGCUCCGUGGCUGUCAAUGUAUCUUCAAUCAGCAGUGAGUUUAGUAAUUUUAAGAUGUUCGUCUGGCAGGCUUUAUCAAAAUUAAAAACUCAGAUUGAGUUGCUUGGCGUCGGUUUUGACAGACACGAAACCUUCAUGCGAAGAAAAGUGUUACUACUUCAUGGUGUUCCUGAAAAACCAGAUGAGAAAUUACAUGAAGUAGUCACUGACCUCUUAAACUGCAAAUUACGGUUAAGUGACUUGCAAGAAUCGCACAAUACCUUAAAUGUUUGUCACCGGCUAGGGUCUUCCAGGCAGAAAACUCGCCCAAUCCUGGUGCGGUUCUUUAAAGUGGAACACCGUCAGCUCAUGUGGGAUGCCAAGAAGCUACUUAAGGAUACCGGCAUCACGAUCUCAGAAUUCUUGACCCAGCCUCGGCAUCAAACUUUCCUUGCUGCUAGGAAGCACUUCAGCAUGAAGAAUUGUUGGACCACAGAAGGUAGAAUAGUCAUUCUUUGUCCUGACAAAACCAGACGAAAAAUUGAGACGAUGGGUGAGCUCAACGAGUUGGUGGUGCGUUUCCACACCGGCAUCGUCGAGACCGCAGUCACCGAUCCUGGAUCACGUAGAGAUGUCCAGGAAGUCUCCAAAGCACAACGUAAGACUCGUCGUCGGAAUUGUUAGCUGCGCGCACUUCGGUUUCAACGCUGAGUUUUUGCUUCAUGUGUCGGUACUUCGAUAUAAAUUUAAAGACUUUGUUCUCGGUUACGACACCAUAGGCAUUUAAUCUGUUUAUUUGUAGGUACUUUUAAAUCGUUAAACCACAUCGCAAUUUUCUUUUCUUACUAUUGGUCGUGGCUGGUAACGAAUGAGUAACUUUAAUUAAUUUAAAUCGCACUUUCAAAAUUUCAAACUGUUGUCCUUGAAUGAGUGACAGCUCUGACAGCGGUCAUCUGUCAUUGUAUUAUGCGUUUUGCUAGUGUUACCAGUUUGGCUUCUUGCCUUUUUAUAUUUAGUUUUAUAGACUAGGUAAUUUUGUUUUUACUUUAGUUUUAUAUCCUGUUUUAUUAAUAUGUAUUCCUUUUUCUCUUCAUCACCAGCGAGAAGGGGAUGUCGUUGGUGGCUACUUGUCAAUUUUGUGUGUAUUUUUUCGU